AUGUCGAUCUUUAAGCUUGCGCUGUUCGCCGCUUGUGUGGUGCUUUCUGGCCUCACAGCUGGGCAACAGUCAACCUUCAGUCCUGCGCAGCCACCAGCAAUUCCAUUGGCUGUCAAAUCUCCAUAUCUCAAUACGUGGCUAUAUGACAACGAUGAUGGGAACGGCGGGAACUUGGCUGGCCAGUGGUCGCAAUUCUGGGCAGGACAAGUCACCGCCUGGACUGGAAUGAUUCGCGUUGACGGGACUACAUACACAUGGAUGGGAGCCCCUGGACCCAAACCGGUUAUUCAGAAGGCGUUCCAAUAUACCUCGACAAGCAGUAUUUUCACGAUGGAUGUCGGCGGUUCGGUGGAGAUGAAUAUCACCUUCACCUCGCCUAUCACACCCGAUGAUAUGAAGAGGCAGUCACUCUUGUUCUCCUAUCUUAACGUCGAAGUGACCUCAUUGGACGGGAAUCCACAUCAUGUGCAACUUUACACUGAUAUAUCCGCGGAAUGGGUUGCUGGAGAUCACGGCUCUGUAGCACAAUGGGACUACGGCGUCACAAGCGACAAGGUGGCAUAUCACAAAAUCCAUCGGGAAACCCAACUCGCCUUUGAUGAAUCGUUUGACCAAGCAAACUGGGGUAAUUGGUAUUAUUCAACCGCAAACAGCGACAACCUUUCGUUCCAAUCGGGAUCGGACAAGAAUGUUCGUGGUGAUUUCCAGACCAACGGAAAGCUGGGAAAUUCCAAAGAUACCACGUACCGUCCUAUCAACCAAGACUGGCCAGUUUUUGGAUUUUCGAGCGACUUCGGGUCUAUCCACAAGGAAACCCACAGCACGUUAUACACAAUUGGUCUUGCACAAGAAAAAGCCAUUCAGUUUAAUGGAGCUUCGGGUAUCGUUCCUCUGCCUUCAUUGUGGUCUUCCUAUUUCUCGAGUGAAGAUGAAGCUGUUGGAUUUUUCUAUAAUGAUUAUGGAGGAGCCAGCAGGACCGCAAGGGGCCUGGAUAACAAAAUUGCACGGGACUCCUUGGCCGCUGGAGGACAGAACUACCUCACGGCCACAUCACUCGCGACCCGUCAAGCAUUCGGUGCCCUUCAGCUAGUUGGGGACUCGACUAAACAAUAUCUCUUCCUCAAAGAGAUCAGCUCCAAUGGCAACACUCAGACUGUGGACGUCGUCUUUCCAUUUCACCCAAUUCUGCUAUACUUAAACCCAGAAUUGCUAAAACUCAUGCUUGACCCGCUUUUCGAGAACCAGGAAUCCGGUCAUUACCCCAACAAAUACUCGAUACAUGACUUGGGAACACAUUACCCCAACGCAACAGGCUAUACCGACGGAGGCGACGAGGCAAUGCCACUCGAGGAAUGCGGCAACAUGCUGGUUAUGACUUUAGUUUACGCUCAGCGGACUAAGAACAAAGACUAUCUCAAGCAACACUACAAGAUGUUGGACCAAUGGGCACAGUACCUCAUAGACGAAGCACUCAUUCCAGCAAAACAGAUCUCAACAGAUGAUUUUGCUGGGCCACUCGAAAACCAAACCAAUCUAGCUCUCAAGGGUAUGAUUGGCAUCCAAGCCAUGGCUAUCAUAGCCAACUUAACCGGCGACACCGCUACAGGGGCGAACUAUACCAACAUCGCAAGUUCCUACAUUGACCAAUGGCAAACACUCGGUGUAGCGCACGAUGCCGACCCACCACACACAACACUGAGCUACGGUUCCAACGACACACAUGGCCUACUGUAUAACAUCUACUGCGACAAAUUGCUCGCCACGAACCUUGUUCCGCAGAAGAUUUAUGACAUGCAGAGCGCAUUCUACCCCACUAUAAUGGGCAAGUACGGCGUGCCCCUUGACACGAGACAUGCCUACACAAAGAGUGACUGGGAGAUAUUUGUCGCAGCCGUCGCAUCGCAGAGCACCAAGGAUAUGUUUCUCGGGAAAAUUGCGAGCUGGAUUUCUGAGACGCCAACUAACCGCGCCAUGACCGAUUUAUAUGAAGUGCCAACUGGAAGCUUUCCUGGUGGCCUAACUUUCACGGCAAGACCUGUGGUUGGUGGCUUUUUUGCGCUUUUGGCCCUGAAGGGUGCUUCUUCUGAGCCAUUCUGA